AUGGCGAAUACCUUCCAAGCUGUGAAAGGAGGUGUAGCAAAGCUCAACACUGGGUUCCAUAUUCCGCUCAUUGGUCUAGGAACUUACAAAAUAACUGGAGAUCAGGUCAAACCUGCAGUAGAUGCCGCAUUGUCGUGUGGAUAUCGAAUGUUCGAUACCGCGAAAUAUUAUGUGAAUGAGCCCGAACUAGGAGACGCACUGGAGGAGCUUCUCCCAAAAUAUAAUCUGAAACGAACGGACAUUUUUAUUACAACGAAGUUCUUUCCUGAUGCUAAUGAUCCUGCUGCAGCUGCUAACAAACUUGUUGCAGAAUCUCUGAAUAGGCUAAAAACA